GAUUUAUUUUCUCCUUUCCUCCCGGCGGCCGGCGCUGCUCUCUCCUUCGACAUCCGCGGCAGCGAAGACUAGGCCACAAAAUCGCGGUAGCAAGCAGCAGACAGGUGGGGAAGAUGUCGUCGCUGCGGAAUGCGAUCCCGCGGCGCGCUCACAAGGAGCGCGCCCAGCCGGAGGCGAGGAAGAAGUUUGGGCUUUUGGAGAAACACAAGGACUAUGUCGUCCGGGCGCGAGCUUACCACAUCAAGGAGGCAACCAUCGCUAAACUGAAGGAAAAGGCGGCAUUCAGGAAUCCGGAUGAGUUCUAUUUUAAAAUGAUCAACAGUAGGACUGUUGGUGGAAUUCAUAGACCUAAGCCUGAAGAUAAUAAGUAUACUGAAGAGGAACUUCUUCUGUUGAAAAAUAAAGAUAUGGGAUAUAUCCUUCAGAGCGUUCAAAGUGAAAAAAAGAAAAUCGAAAAGCUAAGCUCAACACUCCAUGAACUUGAUAACAAGCCUCAAAACAAGCAUGUUUAUUUUGCUGAAGACAGAGAAGAAGCAAAAGAAAUACAAUCAAGGAUAGGACAAAGCAGCAACAUGCCUGAUCUUGACAACAUCCCUUCUCGUAUAAAGAAGAAAAUAGCCUCUUCGUACAGGGAGUUAGAAGAGAGGAAGCAGCGGCUUCAAAAGCUUGAGAAAUUGUAUGCAGACAUGGCCUUGCAAAAAGAAUUGAAGAAACCUGGACGCAAGAGGAAACUGAAACUCCAUGAAGAUGAAGAGACGGACAAUCAAACAUCACGGCCUGUUUAUAAGUGGCGAGCACAGAGGAAACGAUGAGAUGAUAUGAAUGGGCUAUGGAGGGAGUAAAAGGCAACAUGUUAGUAGUGGAAGUACUGGUCAGUGGAACCGCUCCUUCGGACCUUAAAAUACUUCCCUGUAGAAGUAGCCCUCCACAAGAACUGUGUCUUUGUCAAACUAUUGGGCUUAAAGAUCAGAUUCUGUAUGAUUCAAUCAUGUGCAUCAUAUAUCAA